AUGAGCCACAAUGCACUCACCACAUAUCAGUAUCAGAAUCACCACCGCAAAAACCACCCACCAGAGAACCCUUUCAGGGAAAUAGAAGCUUUAAUAAUCUCAGCUGAGAAUCUCAAGAACGUUAAACACGUAACCAGAAUGAAACUCUACGCUGUUGUCUACGUAGAAAAAGAACACGUUGCAAAAACCCACGUCGACCAUCACGGUGCCACCAAACCCUCGUGGAACGAGACGGUGGUCGUGAAGUUCAGGAACCACCAGGCAGCUCUGAACGUGGACAUAUAUGCUCGCGGUCACGCGAGGGAGAAGUCAGUAGGGAGUGCAAGAGUGUUUGAAGGCCUUCUGGAAAGCCCCAUGGAUUGCUCAACUUGUGGGUGCCUCCUACGGGGUCGGUUCUUGAUAAGAAGGAAGUCUCUGACGUUUAAUGUUAAGGAUGAGGAGGUGGAAGGGGUGGAGACGGUGGUGGUUUUGUCAGCUGAUUGA